AUGGGCAAAAAAGACAUUCAUCGAUACCGACGCACUUUAUGUGGAAUCCUGUUUUGGACAAAAUGUGUGCUCGCUGCGCUUCUUGGCAUUGCUAGUGUUGGCAUCAUGGCCUAUUGGGUCUAUGACAUGUACAUCACUGCAAAACUUAAUGAGCCUGUUUUAGGUCCUAUGGAUCUUACUCCUGAGAACUGUCAGCACCAACCUGGAUUGUCUCGACUCGAACCAGCUGCUGGACGUAUACUAGUUGGUUUCCAUUUGGACUGGAAGUUGGAAACCCCAUCAACUAUUAAAGCCAUCACUGGCUGGGCCCCUGCUAUUAGCAAUGCAUUCGUCAUGUUUGAUCCCACUAUACCAAAUCCUAUGGACUACAACCUGUUGACAUGGCAUGUGUGGCAAGUGUCCCUUGUUGGAGGCAUUUUCCAAUUGACAGUUCAGCCUGUCAAUAUCAAUCAAAUCCCUGACAGUACACUAGAUACGUUUGCACAAGCAUUGCGCGAUCUAAAUGCCAAGUACGGUGUCCCGAUUCUACUGCGUUAUGGGCACGAAAUGAAUGGUGACUGGACCGACUAUGGCUACCAACCCACUGCAUUCACACAAGGAUUUGUCAAAAUGGCUAAAAAGGUUCGCAUGUACACUAACAUGACUGCUAUGGUAUGGGGACCCAAUUUAGGCGUUACAUAUCCUUUCAUUACUUCCGAGGCAGAUGUUGUACUUCCCACGGCAAAGUCUAAUCCCAUCGACUUUGCUCUGUUGGAUACAAACAAGGAUGGAAAAAUCACAUCACUUGAUGAUCCUUAUGGACCUUAUUAUCCUGGAGAUGAAUGGGUCGAUUGGGUCUCCAUGUCGCUUUACUGGUAUCCAGAUGGAAACACUGGGUAUAACAUAUUGCCUCCCGACAACUACUUUUUAGACAGUCUUCAUGGGAGUGGUGAAAAUAUUCCCAAAAUCAAUCCUGUUAUCGUCAACAAUGGUGGUUUGCAUGAUUUCUAUGAACGAUUUGCUCACCAAAAAAACAAACCUUUCAUGAUUCCCGAGACCUCUGCGCCGUACAUCUCAUCCAAGCCCUUUAUAAAGAAAGAAGCAGAUAUCAAACAAAACUGGUGGCGGCAAAUAUUUGAUGCAGCAAAGAAACUUCCGCUACUCAAGGCGGUUGUGUUUUUCGAAGAACUAAAGGUAGAUGACGAAGUUAGAGAUUGGCGUAUAUUAGCCAAUGACACUGUUCGUCCGGUAUUUUUGGCUGAUCAGAGUGCCAAUAGACACGACUAUGCAUAUGCCUUGGAUCUCAAAUUUACUUGCUCUGGCCAAGUCAAGGUUAAAUAA